AUGACCCAUUCAAACUUGCAAAGCGAAGCGAAAUGGGUCCUCUCAAAUUCCACCAUCCACGAUAAUUUCCAUAUUGCCUAUACUCUUCUCCUUCUCUUCCACACUCCGUCCAAGCCUAACGUAACCCAGAUCCUCAAGUCGAGGUCAAGACUCAAGAGCGGGAAAAAGAAACGACUUGAAUCGUACUACGGGUCCCAGAGUACCAGCCACGUAGGGGCUCCCAAUAAAUUCAGAAUCGAAAGCAGGAACGGGAAUUGCACAAGGACGCCGCGGCCAAUCAAAAUCGCAGAGAAUCAAGCAAGACUCAACGAUGAUGAAAGGGGUACAUUUUUUCAAACCCAAACUCAAAAGCGACUCGUGCAUGCAAAAACAGCGCAAGGGCUCAAGCCGAAGCGAUGA